GAAGCUAAGAGGCGGAAUGGAAAAGGACAGUGCCAUACGCUCCAACCACCAACUUCUGGUGAGGUGCCCUUGCUUGCAGACACCACAGCUCCACCCCAGAAUCCAUAAAAGCCUCCGCAGCAAUAAUGGGAGCUAAGCUUCCGAGCUAAGCAAUUUCAGCAUGUUGAUGCCGUUUCUAGCUCAGACAUCUCAAACUACACGUCCUGUUGCGAGUUGUUUUGGGCUGAAUCGCUGCCACCCGGCGCGGAAUUUCGGCCGAUAUUGUAGAUGGUGGGGGGCAAGAAGCAAGGCAAUUCAUUCCCCUCGCAGCAUAUUUGGGCCCACUAAUGGCGCUCCAUCUAGUGAUAUUGUGAAGAAAAGAAAGAUAGUGGAGCACAUUAUUCUGCUCAGAGCCAAGCCAAACAUCUCAGAUGCUGAAGAAAAGGACAUGCUUGAUUACUUGUAUACAUCUCAGUAUCAGAUGAGAGGGAUACUCACUGUGUCAUUAGGCCGCAUAGAGGGCCCUAACAGCGAGAGCUUCACGCAUGCUGUCUUCAUGCGUUUCCAACAGAAAGAAGACAUUGCAAAGUUCCAGAGUAGCUCCUACUAUUCCAAAGUUCUCGACGAGCACGUCAAACCCGUUUCCUAUGGCUUGGUUUCUGUAGAUUUUGAGUCUGAGGUGGAAGAUGACAUUAUCCCUCUCUUUCGGAGGGGCGAGGAUUUCAACUACGGUGUCGAGUUUAUGUUGUUGAUAUCUUUCUUGGAGACUGCAUCCAGAGAGUCUGUGGAGGAUGCAUUAGCCCAUCUUCAAAAGCUGAUCAUCCACUACAGUUCUUUCAUUGUUCAGGCAACGUCAGGUUGCUGUCUGGAUCAUAUGGAUAGUCUGUACAGUCACGCUUCAGUUAUCCGUUUUCCAUCAAUUGACGACUUCAAAUUAUUCAAGGAGAGCACGGAAUACAAGGAUAUGUGGACAUCCAAAUUUCAUCCGGUUACUGAGAGAUGUCUGGAGCUGCAUUUUGUCGUCGACCCGGUCGGCAACCAGCUGAUGUAGAUUCUGAGCCCUUGUGCUCUGAAACUGAACCUGAAAUGGAACCUUGCCACAUCCGAAAGAGAGUUCUUGUGUUAGUGUGCUGUGUAUAUCAUUUCAUUUUUCUUCGGCUUGGGUGAUCUUCUGCCCAUGUCCAGAUUGGGCUCCACGAGGCAGUGACUGAUGAGCGAUGUCUAUCUUGAUCUGCUUGAAAAAUUCUAAUUCUGCACCUUC